GGAAAAUCUGUCAGUGUGUGGUUCUCGCUGGUGGCUCCGCUGCGUCCUGCUCAACAUUCUGCUUUUCUUCUUGCUCUUCUUUCUCACAACCCCUGCUAUCAUCGUAAACACUAUGGACAAGUUCAACGUCACUCGGCCAGUUGAAAGCUUAAGGAACCCAGUAAUUACCCAGUUCUUCCCCACCCUGCUCCUGUGGGCCUUUUCCAUUCUCCUGCCCUUCAUUGUGUACUAUUCAUCUUUCUUUGAGUACCACUGGACCAGGUCCGAUGAGAAUCAGGUCACCAUGCAUAAAUGCUUUCUACUGCUUGUCUUCAUGGUAAUCAUUCUACCAUCACUGGGUCUAUCCAGCUUGGAUUUGUUCUUCAGAUGGCUCUUUGACAUCCACUUUCUGGAUGAAACAGAUGUAAAGUUUCAAUGUGUGUUUUUGCCUGAUAACGGAGCUUUUUUUGUGAACUACGUGAUCACGUCCAGUCUGAUCGGAACGGUCAUGGAGCUUUUGCGUAUUCCUGCUCUACUGGUGUACUCUCUUCGCCUUUGCUUUACCAAAUCUAAAGCUGAGCGCAUCCACGUUAAAAGAAGUCAGGCCUAUGAGUUUCAGUUUGGUCUUGAGUAUGCCUGGACAAUGUGCAUAUUUUCAGUCAGUAUGACCUACAGCAUCACCUGCCCCAUCAUUGUACCUUUUGGGUUGCUGUACCUUGUGCUGAAGCAUAUGGUAGAUCGCUAUAAUAUCUACUACGCCUAUUUACCCACAAGGCUCAGCCAGCGGAUCCAUUCGGCCGCCAUCAGUCAAGUGGCGGUGGCACCCAUUCUCUGCAUGUUCUGGCUGCUGUUCUUCUCUGUGCUCAGACUGGGUCCAGUGCAGCCCAUCACUCUGUUCACUUCCAUAACUCUCUUGUGCUGUAUUGCCUUCUCCUGCUUUGGCUUCUGUCUGAAAAAACUACGACCUGACAGAUCAACAAGCUAUCAGAUGUCCGAUCAGACGACAGAAGGAGGCUUCACUGAUGCGGAAAGAAGCACCGUUUCCACCACAACCACAGCUAAUCUUUUUAUAGCCUCCGUCUUGCUGGAGCCAGAGCUGGGCCUGACUCCUAUGCCCUCUCCGGCCCACCAGAGCUAUGGCACCAUGGGGAACAGCCAGAAUUCAGUGCAUGAUGCUGAAGAGGUGGAGGAGAAGGAUCUGGAGGAAACUUUGGAAACUGAACUCAAGGAUGACCCAGAUCCCAGCUGUCUGAGCCCUCUAAUGGACAGUCCUGUAGGUUUCCAGUGACCAACCUGCCCCCCGUUCCUACUCCCUAACGCUAAAGCCCCAUGCCUCAUCUUAGCUAGUGGCUGAUUUUCCAAAAACAAAAAUUUCCUCUACAACCUCCAUUUACGAGUAAAGGACAACAGAUUGCAGCCAUCCAAGCAAACUGCUUCAAAAAGCUUGCUUGGAAUUCACUGACAUGGCGGUUUUAGUUCUGAGGACUUUGAUGAGCUUUCAAAGAAGUAUCUGAAGUGGAUAAAAGCACAGAUCUGUCGAAGAACGAGAUCAGCCACUUCUCUUGCUCGGACUACGCUUUCUACUUUCUUCUGUAUUUUUCUUUUCUCUUUAAUGACGUUAAUGGGUGUCUGGCGGUUUGUUUGACUGAAGCUUGGGACAUUGUAUUUUGACAGAUUUUUCGAUGUAAUUUUAUAUGCAUAGUCACAUUGUAUAUAGCU